UGUCUUGUCAAAGACUGUUGUCUUAUUCGCCACUGGGAUAAGCGCUCGGAUACUCGGGUUCUACUAUUCAUUUUUAUUUUAACGUUUACGUUUGUAUGUUGUUGUAAAAUUGAUGAAGUCAGGACUUAACGCAUGAAGGGGGUGAUGAUGAAUAUGGAGACUCUGAGCAGGCCGGAGCUCCUGAAGCUCCUCAGCAUCCUGGAGGGAGAACUGGAGGCACAAGACACAGUUAUACACACCCUCAGAGCCCAGCACAGGGACUCGUUCGUCCAGGAGCGCUAUGGCCAGUAUGACCUCAGUGACCCCUUCCUGGCCCUGCAGCGGGAUAGCCAUACCAUGGAUGACUGGUCCCCUUCAGACCCCCAGGGCAGCGUGGUGGGGCCCAACCCUCUGGCUGUGCUGAAGCUGGUCAUGGCCCACUGCAAAAGGAUGCAGGAGAGGAUGAUGGGACAGCUGGCAGCCGCAGAGAGCAGACACAGGAGGGUGAUUGCAGAUCUGGAGGAGGAGAAGCACCGACACGCACUAGAGUCGGCGCAGGAUGAGGAUGUCACCGUCAUGCUGGAGAAGGAGAGGGAGAAACUACUGCAGCAGUUGGAGGUGGAGCGUGCAGCAGUGCGUAGGCUGCAGAGGGAGCAGGAGAGGGCAGUAGGCCUGGCAGAGGAAACUCUGUCCCAGCAGCAGCAGUUGUCCUCAGACCUAACCCUGGAGCUCCAGAAAACCACCAGCCAGGCCCUGGAGGAGGCCCAGAGAGUCAGCCAGCUCCGCCUGCAACUCCAGGAGGAGAGCUGUACUUCAGAGAGCCUGAGGGGGGCCCUGGAAGCGGAGAAGGGCAGAGCAGCGCAGCUUGAGGCCAGAGCAGAGAGCCAGCUGGCUGAGUUUGACACAGAGAGGGAACAAUUAAGAGCCAGGAUCAGACGAGAAGAGGAGAGGAGCAAGGGGCUGGAGAGAGAAGUGGAGGAGCUGAGGAGGAGGUUGGAGGCAGCAGGAGAGGAAGGAAUGGUUAGGAAGGUGCAGGAGACUGCGGUGAAGGAGGUGAAGGAGGUGAAACAGUCUCCUUCAAAGAUAGCGUCAGCGGCGGCAUUAGCAGCGGUGUCAGCGGCGGCGUCCACCUCGAGCCAGACAGAGCCUGAUGGGAAGGCAAGCGUCGACCCUAAAGAGAUCCCUGUCUCAAAGGUCAACGGGCAUCAUCCUAACCCUCCACGGGACACUGACCCCCCUCAGGAGGGCGGGGCUGUGGAGAACGGUGGGGUAGAGAGCGAGUCCGGAGCAAGUCUUCCCUCCCCUCUCCACCCUCACCCUCCUCACCCCCACUGCCACCCUCACCCCAACCUCUCCCCCUCCAGCACGGCCUCUUCCUCCCUCUCCUCCUCCCCCAUCUCCUCCCCCACGCUGGCUAAGCGUCUGGUCAGCCCCGGUGGCUUCCACACAUCCUCCUACCAGGCUGGAGUCAACCAGCGCUUCCACGCCGCCAGGCAUAAGUUCCAGGUGCAGGCUGAGCAGGAGCAGCUCCAGCAGGGUAGCACGGCUCCCCUCUCCCCCCGGGACCUGUCCCCUACCACCACCCCCAUCCCUCCACCCUCAGAGAACAGCACGGCCAAGCAGCUAGCCCGAAACACCGUCACCCAGGUCCUGUCCCGUUUCACCAGCCAGCAGGCAGGGGCCAAGCUCCCCCCACUAAACAGCUCUCCGUUUGGGACUGACUAUCGAAGCCUGGCAGCCUCCCCUCCUGGGGGGAAGACCUCACCUGGAGGACCCCUGUCCCCAGGUAUACGCUCACCCCUCACCCCUCGGUCCGAGAGGUGCUACCCACCCCCCGUUCCUAAGAAACCGGGUAUGAGCCCCUCUCCAGGCUCCCCCGACCCCCAAGCCGGGGCCAGCCUCUUCCCAGAGCUGACGGGGGGCUGUGGGCUAAGCAGCAGUGGACAGGAGGGGGCUAAGGAGCCAGACCUGGUACUCUCCUCCGGUAGCUAACAGCUAAGGGCCACGGCAGCUAGAAAGUGAUCUAGGAUCAGCAUAGCCUUCCCAAAUCCUUCCCAUCUUUAACCAUUAGGGAGAAAACACAAAACGGACCUAGGAUCAGUAUCUGUGAUCAGCUUUGUCUUAUUCCUGCUGGAGGAGCCAGUGCUCUCCUCCAGCAGCUAGCAGCGUAUGGCCUCCCUCAUUCCAGAUAGGCUAGUUUCUCUCUUCCAUUUGCACUUGUUCACUCACUUUUAGGCCUGAGAUUCAAUCCGAGUGCUCUAGUCAACAAUGCAGCUUUUAAAAGCAAUGUUGCUGGGUUCAAAUAGAUCGCAUUCAAGGUAAACGCUGCUGAUGUCGGCUCAAUCAGAAAUGACCUCAGAGACGGUAAAGAAAGCAAGACAUCUCACAGGAUCAUGUUUUCUGGUCGGGCGGGUGGAGCGAGCGAGGGGAUAAGUAGACCAGAGCCAGCUGUUGGUUAGUUGGUUAGUUUUGCAUUGAAAACAAAUUGUCACGGUUUCUGUCUGUGUAAGUGGGUGUUUCCUCUCUCACGUGACCAUCUUUGAGCAUGCUUUCCCGCGUGAGCUUAUGUGGGAAAGCAUGCUCACACAAGACAGGAACUUUUUUUUUAAAUGUCAAAUGGUAAACGGCCUUUUUAAGACAUUUUCAUUAUCCACCAUCUUUGAUUACCUUUAAAUGUCUAUCGGUUUAAUGUGGGUCCACCGCGGUCUGGAUUGGAUCCUGGCCUUAAUCUCCUGGAUGUCCUGCAGCAGGCAGAACAUGCCACUACUUAUACCUCUGUAGGCCCUAUUUUGACCACAUAAAUUAGCUGCUUAGUAGCAAAUGAAAGCUCAAACACUACCUAGCAAACGGUCUGAAACACUGUCUAGUUCACAUUAAAUUACAUUAAAUCUAUAAUAUACUGGGUUUUAUUGGAUUCAUAAGAUUUAUUUUAUUUGGAAUUUAUGGAUAGUUUUUUUAAUAUCUUGAUUUGUAAUAUAUCUUUAUACCUAGUUUAUUGUAUUCCAUAGCCAUGUUUAAAAGUGAUCUUAUUAAUUAUGCAUUUAGUUAUUCUAGGACAUUAAUUCAUGAAUCUCUCCGCCCAAGUCCACUCUGCAGUCUCGUCCAAUACAAAGGCUGCAUGGAGAGGGGAGUCUUUCCGUGGCAAGAGGAUUCAAAUGUAAUCUGUUGAUUGCACAUGUACAGUUGAAGAGGUUUACAUACACCUUAGCCAAAUACAUUUAAACUCAGUUUUUCACAAUUCCUGACGUUUAAUCCUAGUAAAAAUUCCCUGUCUUAGGUCAGUUAGGAUCACCACUUUA